ACACUUUUGGUUCUCAUCACCAUAUCACUUCAUAUUUAUAUCUCUGCGUUUGUUUCAUCCCACAUCCCAACUCAAUCUUUACUAAUCUUAGCAAUUUAUAAAAUCUUUUGAGCAACAAUCUCGCAGUAUGGCUCAACCCUGCAGUGUCCUGGUUGUAACAUUUCCAGCACAAGGCCAUAUAAACCCCGCCCUCCAAUUUUCUAAGCGCCUAAUAAAUCUAGGCGUUCAUAUCACCUUCGUGACAUCCAUUGCAGCCAUCAACCGGAUGAACAGAAGUUCACCUGUGGAAGGGUUAUCUUACGCAGGCUUCUCUGAUGGCAACGAUGAUGGUUCCAAGCAGGAGUUUGAUGCCACCACGGUCGUCCUUGAUGUUGAGCGCUAUGGUUCUCCCACUUUGAGAGAAUUCAUUGCAGCUAAAAUUGGAGAAGGCGUGCGGUUUACUCAUAUCGUGUACUCUAUUCUUCUUCCUUGGGUUGCAGAGGUGGCGCGUGAGUUUAACAUCCCUUGUACUUUUCUUUGGAAUCAACCUGCAAGCGUCUUUUCCAUCUUUUACCAUUACAUCAAAGGUUAUGAAGCUAUUGUCAGGAAAAAUAUCGAGGAUCCUUCAUUUCUCUUCGAAUUUCCAGGAUUGCCGCCACUAAAAAGUCAUGACCUGCCAUCGUUUUUCCUCCCUUCAAAUCCACAUUCUGGAGCCGUUCCAACAAUGAGACGGCAUAUAGAGAUCCUUGACCAAGAAACCUACCCAAAAGUUUUCGUAAACACCUUUGAAGCCUUAGAACCGGAGGCUCUCCAAGCAAUCCAAAAUUACAACUUGGCUGGGAUUGGACCUCUGAUGCCUUCUGCCUUUCUAGACAGGAAAAACCCUGCAGAUACUUCAUUUGGGGGAGAUCUUUUCAAAGGUUCAAAAGACUAUAUCCAAUGGCUUAACACAAAGCCUGAAAGUUCAAUAAAGAGGUGCUUAGAAUUAGUUAUGGGUAGUGAAGAAAUGAGACUGAAUGCAACGAAAUGGAAAGAUCUGGCAAGAGAAGCUGCGCUAGAGGGCGGGUCUUCUGAUUUGAACCUUAAAGCCUUCUUGGAUGCAUGACUUUGGAAAAUCUAUAUGUUUUUCUCAACGCGUGUUUGUUUUUUUUCUUUUGAGCAGUGCUAGGGGCACUCGCUUUUUGUACUCACCUGCCAGCACUUCCUCUUUCAUUGGGCCACGUAAGCUUCUUUAAAGCUUUCAGCGCAACCUUUCGUCAACCAAAAUAACGUGGCCCAAUAAAAGAGAAAGUGUUGGCCGCAGAGUGCAGGAGGCGAGUGUCCCUAGCAUUGCUCUUUUCUUUUGAUUUUUAAUUUUCUUUCCUUGGGUCAAUAAUUGUAUUUUAGUUUGUUGUAUUGUUUGUUGCACGUGUUUAAAACAAAAGUUGUAAGCUAUAUUGUAAUAUAAUUCAAAUUGUAUU